UGUCAAUAAACUUUGGUUGCAGUCUGUCAAAACGAUGAAAGUAGGAUUGUGUAUAUAAUUUUUGUAUGUUUGUUGUGAUGUAAAGUUUCAGCCCUGAAAACGGAAACAUAAUUUUGUCUAAUGUUUUAAAUGAGUCCGGAAAAGAAUUAUUUUAGAGAUGGCUGGACAGCAGAUCUGCUUAAAAUGGAAUAGUUUCCAGUCAAAUAUAGUUACAAGCUUCGAAAGUUUGUGGGAAGAACAAGGCCUUGUUGAUGUAACCUUAGCAAGUGAUGGGCAAUGUCUUCGUGCCCACAAAGUGAUUUUGUCAGCAUGUAGUCCUUUCUUCAGGAAAGUAUUUCAGACUAAUCCGUGCCAGCAUCCUGUAAUUAUUUUACAAGAUGUUCAUUUUUCUGAGUUGGAAUCACUCCUGUCUUUCAUGUAUAAAGGCGAGGUCAACAUAGAACAAGAAAAUUUGCCAGCUUUGCUUAGAGCUGCAGAAACUCUUCAAAUUCGUGGCCUAUCUGGAGCUUCUGAACAAGUGAAGGAAAAGAUGGGAGUGUGUAAAAAGUCUCCAAGCCCACAAGAACCUAUUCCAGUUGAUGGACAGUCUCCUCCAAAGAAGCAACGUACUGUGCAGCAAUCUCAGUCUCCACCAUUACCAUCAACCCCUCUUGCCCUGACACCAACAUCGAGAACAACAACAGAGCGAUUACGGCGACAGUCAGCGUCAUCUGCAGAAGCCUGGGAGCAACAUCAGCAAACGAAUGAACCUGAAUGUCCCCCAAAAGUGAUACCAAAACUUGAAUCGAGAGACAGUGAAUCUGAAAGCCUUGCCUCACCUCUGCUUUCAAUUGAUGAACCACAUGAGGAAAGCACUGAUGGAUCUCUCGGAGGACUUCAGGAUUUAAAGAGUUCCCAAUCAAAAGCAGUGGCAUCUGAUACAGGCCAAAUUAAAGGGAACACCAAGUCAGAAACAACAAUUGACGUGAAUACUGAAGCUUUACCAGGAAGCUCAUUGUCAGAUGCAGUGAAUAUUAGUAAGGACAGUAGCUAUGAUCCAAAUCAAGCAAGCAGAAGUUUCCCCUACCCGCCAUUUCCAUGUCCAUUCUGUGACCGUGCCUACACCAGUUGGGGCUUCCGCCGACGCCAUAUCAAAGCAGUACAUACUCAAUCACAGAAGCUGCCGUGCAAAUGGUGUGCAGAAGUUCUUCCAUCACACUCAGAUUGGGAACAACAUGUGACAAACACCCAUGGAUUGGCUCCCACAGAUGCCCACAAUGGGCUUUUGAUACUUGAAGAAGCACAUAUGGUUUUACAGAUACCAAAUCCAACACGCCUUGACACAUUUGUCAGUAUGAUCAGGAAGAAUAAAAGUGCUGCCAAUAGUAGUGGAUCUGGCAGUAGUGGGGGAAUAGUUAAUGCUGGAGCAAGCAGCAGUUCACAGGAUGACCAAGAUUGUUCAAAUGGAUCUGCCAGCGAAGCAGAGAAGCCUGCAUCACGGACUUAAUAUGUUACUCAUAAUUUGCUUUUCACGUUAAUUUGUGUUGGCAUCACACAUUACUACUUAUCUUUAGAAGUGCCAGAUCUGAACAACACAGCUCUCCCUGCUGUGAGCUUGAUAAAUUGCGUACCAUUCCUGUGUCUAGUGUCAUUUUGUGAAUUUAGCAAUGUAUACUAUGAAGCAGAAUAAUUUACUUGUGAUACUUAUCAGUUGUCAUAAGAAACACAUUUUGAAAGGUACUGAGCUCUAAUGAUAUAGUUUUUAUCAUACAGUGACAAAUACACGGCAUAUAGACAUAAACUGACCAUAUGUGAUUCUUCUGUGAUGUCUUGGUAAGAUUUAUUUCUAUUCACCUUUUGCUCUCAGAUUUGUCACUUUUUUCAUGUUUCAAUUAUAAUACACUGCUCAGUAUCAGUCCCUAACACCAUUACCAUUGUGAUCCAUGUCACAGACUUCCAAAAUCAAUAUUUUUCACUGACAAAGUAUUGUAAUACUGCAUUUUAAUUAUGUGUAUCAUUAUAAUUAUGUGCAUCAGUUGUCAUUAAUUUUUUCCUAAAGUAAAGUCAGUGAGAUACUAUUUUCAUGUUAAAUUCAUUAAAGUUAUAUAACUUAUGUUAAUUUGAUAGCACACUGGAGUAGGGUAGUGUAAAAAGUGUAGUAUUACAGUGUUUUCUCAAAUUAUUUUCAUUUAUACCUGAUGCUAAUACGUGGACAUCAGAAACAUAAAUUAUAUUACAAAAGAACAUGAGCAGUUAUGCAGAAUGUAGACAGAUGGUAACAAUAGCUUUCUGUACCUUUGAUUGAUGAUUUACUGUAACUAACUCCAAAAAGAUUCAUUGCACUAGGCUUGAUGGGACAGAUAUCCCCACCUUUGGUUGUACCUGACUUCCAGGUCUGAGAGUUUCACAACUUUUGGACUUCUCAUAAAAUUAUCUUUUUUAUCAGACUCAAAGCAAAAUAUACCUGUAACUGAACAUACGAAUGAUGGUUCUCUACUACUUCUGUUGUUCCAACAAUGUAAACUUACCAGUUUUACGGGCACAAGACAGUAACAGUUUAUGCUACCUGUAGCUACUAUUUCAAAAUCUUAUUUUUUUGCCAAUGUGUUGUAUGUUAAAAAGAAGAGCUUAAUUCUUGUGGUUUCAAAGAUUGGCGACAAAAUAUUAAGGAAGAUUAUUGUUCAAUGUCCCAUUGACAACAAAGUGAUUAUACACAGGUAUUUAAGGCAAGGUUAUAAGCAACAGACAUUCAAGAACCAAGUAAUUAGAUAUUAUUUAUGGAGACAACACUAGUACUGGAACCAUCUUUAUUAAAGAAAGCAUCUCUGAGAUUUAUGAUGACUUAAAAACUCUAUCCAACACUCCAGAUACUGAUGUUGAUAGUAUUCUUUGCUUACACUUGCAAUUAAGAGUGCAGUGUAUGGAUUUCAAGUGAAUUUCACUCAUUAACAUAUUUCCAUCAGAUUUACUUUGAAAUAUUUUUAAAUAAUGAACUGCAAUGAAAAUAAUAUUUAUAAGACAGCAAUCAUAAUAUGACAUUCUGUACCUGUAAUUUGUGCCUUUUUGACUGAUGCUUCUUUCCCAACAUGUGUAACUUUAUUCAGGUGUAUAUUUGAGAGCAGUGACAAUACUGUGUAUUUUUCAGUGGGGAACUCAUGUUCUACAAAUAGUUGCAGUUAAUAAAAUGCUGAUUAAUGUUUUGUAACAGAUUUUUUUAUAUUUGUAAUAAGAGAGUUUAGAAGGGUGGAGUGGAUAUUUUUGUAUAAAUUAUAUGCUGUGUAUAUUGCAUGUUUUAUGUAACUCCUACUUCCUUCACAUUAUGACAGAAAUAUGUCAAGAUUAUGAUGUAAUUUCAUACUGUAUUUUUGGAAAGUUGUUUAUUGAAAUAGCAGUCCAAUAAAUUAAUUUACAUCAACUAGGCUUACAAAUAUUAAGAUGAAAAAAUAGCCUGGAAUUAUUUUGAAAAAAAAAAAAAA